AUGUUCAUUAACCGUUGACUCUUCUCAACAAAUCACAAAGAUAUUGGCACUUUAUAUUUACUCUUCGGGGCCUGAGCAGGGAUGGUUGGCACUGCUUUAAGCCUUCUAAUUCGAGCUGAGCUAGGUCAACCUGGUACCCUUAUCGGAGAUGACCAAAUCUAUAACGUUAUCGUCACUGCCCAUGCUUUCGUCAUAAUCUUCUUUAUAGUUAUACCCAUCAUGAUUGGGGGGUUUGGUAACUGACUUGUACCUUUAAUGAUUGGCGCUCCUGAUAUAGCAUUCCCGCGAAUAAAUAAUAUAAGCUUCUGACUCCUUCCCCCAUCAUUUCUACUCUUACUAGCAUCUUCAACUAUUGAAGCAGGGGCUGGAACAGGCUGAACAGUCUACCCCCCACUAGCUGGUAACCUUGCUCAUGCAGGAGCAUCCGUUGAUCUUGCUAUUUUUUCACUUCAUUUAGCAGGAAUCUCAUCCAUUCUAGGGGCUAUUAAUUUCAUUACCACUAUUAUUAACAUAAAACCCCCUGCCAUAUCUCAAUACCAAACUCCUUUAUUUGUCUGAUCCGUGGUAAUCACAGCAGUGCUUCUACUUCUCUCACUCCCCGUAUUGGCUGCAGGUAUUACCAUACUUCUAACAGAUCGAAACCUUAACACCACUUUCUUCGACCCUGCUGGAGGGGGUGACCCUAUUUUAUACCAACACUUAUUCUGAUUUUUUGGACACCCAGAGGUUUAUAUCCUGAUUUUACCUGGAUUCGGAAUUAUUUCCCAUAUCGUGACAUAUUACUCCGGCAAAAAAGAGCCUUUUGGCUACAUAGGUAUAGUCUGAGCUAUAAUAUCUAUUGGGUUCUUAGGUUUUAUCGUAUGAGCCCACCAUAUAUUCACCGUGGGCUUAGAUGUGGACACCCGGGCCUACUUUACAUCUGCUACAAUAAUUAUCGCAAUUCCCACAGGAGUAAAAGUGUUCAGCUGAUUAGCAACCCUACAUGGAGGGAAUAUUAAAUGAUCCCCAGCCAUACUAUGAGCCCUAGGAUUUAUCUUCCUAUUUACUAUUGGGGGUUUAACAGGCAUCGUCCUAGCUAACUCAUCAUUAGAUAUCGUUCUCCACGACACAUAUUAUGUAGUAGCCCAUUUCCACUAUGUGCUAUCCAUGGGGGCCGUAUUUGCCAUUAUAGGGGGUUUUGUACACUGAUUCCCCCUAUUCACAGGCUAUAUACUCAGCGACCUGUGAACAAAAAUUCACUUCUUUAUUAUAUUUGUAGGGGUAAAUUUAACAUUUUUCCCUCAACAUUUCCUAGGACUCUCAGGCAUGCCACGCCGAUAUUCGGACUACCCAGAUGCUUAUACCACAUGAAAUGUUCUCUCAUCUAUUGGCUCCUUUAUCUCACUAACAGCCGUAAUCCUAAUGGUGUUCAUCAUCUGAGAAGCCUUCGCUUCCAAACGCGAAAUUAUAAGUGUUGAAAUAACCACAACCAAUAUUGAAUGACUAUAUGGAUGUCCACCCCCUUACCAUACAUUCGAACAACCAGUGUUCAUUAAAGCUUAA